UUACAUGCAUUUGUGUCUUUUAGGUUUUUGUCUACACUUGAAGAAAAUGCAUCAAAUGAAAAUGACCAUGAAGAAGAUCUACCUGUUACUCAUCUCCAGUUAUUGUUGUUGGUGUGGGGUAGUUUCUCUGAUAGUGUUAGGAAGGAGUUACUACUCAAGUGUGUAGCAGCUGUCAAUAAAGUGGCCGAAGAGAAAGAGUCAGGAUAUGUUGUUCCUCCAUUGACAUGUUGUCGUUUGUUGCUGGUAUUACAGUACAUGGUAUUCAGGUUUAAUGAACCAGUUCAACAACUAGUGCAACAGGUUGAUUGUAAUCUAUUAUCUGAUUUAUUGGUCAGUCCACUAAUCAGUGAUCAUGCUGAUAUCAUGUCAUUCCCGUGUGAUCAAGAGUAUCAGUAUCAGCAAAGUAUCAAUAAACCCCCGGUACCUCUCCUCACUCCAGUGGCUGCUGCCACACCUACUGGUACCACACCCACUGUUGAUGAUAAUAAGAAGAAAAAGAAUGACAGAAUUAUUACUGACUUAUUAUUACUGAAGAUAUGAGGACUGUACUAAUACUUGAAGGUGACAUUGAUUUCCAACCUGACUUUAAAUCAAAUCUUAAAAGAACAUUACAAGAAGUGAACAGUCAUGAUCCUGACUGGGACCUUGUUUAUGUUGGUCGUAAAGAGCUGAGUCCAAAUGUUGAGAGUAUUAUUCCAGGAACAAAGAACCUUGUAAUACCUCGGUACUCAUAUUGGACAUUAGGUUAUAUAAUAUGAAAUAGAGGAGCUGAGAAACUGAUAGCUGGGAGACCUUUUGAUA